UCCACUGACAGCCCUGUGCAGAUACAUUUGGAGUCUUCAAGUGGAAUAACUUCACUUUGUUGAGGACUGCCCAGGCAUUAUGGCUCCAUUAUUUUUUUAUGCAGCCAGCCUCUUGCUUUUUCUUUCUCCAUCAUCAUGGGCACAACCAAUGUACCAACCUGAAUCAUGUAUACCAAGUGAUGAGUUUGGUUCAUAUUGCCCCACAACAUGUGGAGUUGCUGAUUACCUGAACAGGUAUAAGCCCAGUGUGGACAAAAACCUCAAUGACUUAGAGGAUUUACUGGAGAAAAUAGGAAAUCUAACCAAAGGUGCAGAGGAAAAGGUGGUUUACAUGAAAGAUUCUGCCUCACAUGCCCAAAGGUCCACUCCACCAGAUUUUUACAUCAGAAGAUCAUCAGCUAUGUUGGAUGACAUCCUGAGAUUUGAAAAAAGCAUUGUUGCUCAAGAGGCUCAAAUAUAUGAGCUUCAUCACCUUUUGGAUUCAAAUGACAAGAGAAUGCUCCAGGUCAGACACCUGUCUCUUCAGCUGGAGAGGGAAUGUAAAGAUUCAUGCCAGGACACCAUCCAAAUUCACUCCACCACAGGAAAAGACUGUCAGGAUGUUGCCAACAAAGGUGCUAGGAGCAGUGGCUUAUAUUUCAUUAAGCCCUUGAAGUCAAAAGAGCAGUUCUUGGUCUAUUGUGAGAUUGACAGCUUCGGAAGUGGCUGGACUGUGCUUCAAAGGAGGCGGGAUGGUAGCAUUAGCUUCUCUAAGGACUGGAUUCAGUACAGAGAGGGCUUUGGCUACCUGUCUCCAGACGACACCACUGAGUUCUGGCUGGGCAAUGAGAAGAUUCACCUGCUGUCCACUCAGUCCUCUAUUCCAUACGUGCUGCGGAUCGAACUGACCGACUGGGAGGGCCAGAAAAAGCAUGCAGAUUACGCCAUGUUCAGAGUGGCACCAGAGGCAGACCAGUACCGCCUGACGUACGCCUAUUAUUUCGGAGGGGACGCUGGCGAUGCCUUCGAUGGCUUUCACUUUGGGGACGACCCCAGCGACAAGUUCUUCACCUCCCACAACGGAAUGCAGUUCAGCACCGGUGACAGGGACAACGACAAGUACCAGGGGAACUGUGCCCGACAGGACGGGUCUGGCUGGUGGAUGAACCGCUGUCACGCAGCUCAUCUCAAUGGCAAAUACUACCAAGGUGGAAAGUAUACUGCAAAGGAUGCUGGUCAAUAUGAGUAUGAUAAUGGCAUCAUUUGGGCGACAUGGCAUAGCCGCUGGUAUUCCAUGAAAGAGACCUCCAUGAAGAUUAUUCCCAUUAACAGGAUGGCCAUGGGUGGGGGGCAACAGACGGUAAAACAGUUUGGAGAUCUGGGAGACAUCUAAAGGACAAAGCUUUAUGCUUCUGAGAACAGGACUUAAGCUAUUACAUGUAUUGUACACCAUGUUUGUUCCUGAAUACCUCAAUAUUUGUCUCUCGUUUGUUUGUACUUGUGUAUUUGUGAAAUAAAUGAUU